AUGUCUUCAACAUUUCUUGCGGUUCCUCUUAAAGCAACCAAUGAAGUUGAUUUGGUUAAACCAUUGGCGCAUUACAUUGAGACGAUGUGCGAAAUAUCAGAUGAUAUAAAAGCGGAAAUGAAAGAAGCCGUCCAAGAACUGAAUAAAUUACGUAACAAAGCAUGCAUACAACCAUUGGAUAAACAUCAAAGUGCACUGGAUGUGGUGACGAGAUAUUAUGAUCAACUAGUUGCUAUCGAAAGUAAACUUCCAAUAACAGCAACACAAAAUCCGAUAUCUUUCAAAUGGAAAGAUGCUUUCGACAAAGGUUUAUUAUUCUUUGGAAGGGCAUCAUUAACACUGAACGAAAGCUCUUUUGAACGUGCUGCUGUAUUAUUCAAUUGUGGUGCUUUAAUGUCAGCAAUUGCUGCUAAUCAAGGACUAAAUACUGAUGAAGAGCUAAAAACUUCGGCUAAGCAUUUUCAGCAAUCUGCUGGUGUGUUUCUAGCUUUAAAAGACACUGUUCUGGGCUUAGUUCACCAGGAUCCAACGCAUGAUCUUUUACCUGACACAUUGGCAUUGUUAUCAACGAUUAUGUUGGCACAAGCGCAAGAAUCUGUAUAUAUUAAGGCUGAUAAAGAUAAGAUGAAAGCAGCUGCUUUAGCCAAAAUAGCUGUUGGUUGCUCGGAUUUUUAUCAAGAUGCUCAAAAGCAACUACAUCGCGAUUCUGUAAAAGGUUUAUUUGAAAAGGAAUGGACGAAUAUGAUUACUGGCAAAUAUUUUGCAUUCAAAGCUUUUGCUCAGUAUAAUGAAGGAACUGUUUGUUUAAAUGCGUCAGAUAUUGGUGACGCUUUAUGUAGAUUAAAUGAAGCGAUGAAUUUGGCUAAUCAAGCUGCCAGUUAUUUGCCAUCUUCUUUAUAUUCAUCACAGUUCGCUACAAUUACAAAAGCUUAUCAAAUUGCUAAAAAAGAUAAUGAUUUCAUUUACCACGCUCGUAUUUCGGAUAUUCAAAGUUUACCUGCUGUUCCAAAGGCGGUGCUUGUUAAACCUUUGCCUGUCAAGUAUCCUAUGACUUCUCACUUUAAAGAUAUGUUUUCUUCAUUGGUUCCGAUUCAAGUUCAUCAGGCUUUAGCUUCCUAUGAUGCUCGUAAGGCAGAAAUAAUCAAUUUAGAAACAAGUCGCUUACGUGAACAUACACAGAUCAUGAAUGGAAUUCUUGCCUCUCUUAAUUUACCCGCUGCAUUGGAUGAUGCUGUUAGUCAUGAAGAUCUUCCCGAAUCAAUUCGGCAAAAGUCAACUAAAGUAAAAAUUGCCGGAGGUAUCGAUUUACUCACAAGUUUAGUCGCUGAUCUCCCAAAUCUGCAUAAAAGGAAUCAAGAAUUGCUCGAUGAGACUGUUCGACUUUUAAAAGAAGAAAAAGAGGGUGAUGACCAUUUGCGUAAGCAAUUUAAAGAAAAAUGGACUCGCAUGAGCUCAGAAAAAUUAACGGAACCUUUGCACCAGGAAUGCGGAAAAUAUCGUGCCAUACUUCAUUCAGCCUCGAAUGCUGAUGAAGUUGUUAGGCAAAAAAUGGAGGAAGCUCGCGAAGCUAUGCGCAUUCUUAGUCUACCUGAGCCUGAACUUAAGUCAUCUAUUCCUGGAUUAGAUCCAACUACUUCCAAUAAAGAUUCGCCAACAGUAGUAAAAUUACGCGAAUUGAUGGAAAAGGUGGAACGUGAACAGUUAGAAAAAGAGUUUUCCAGUGUUCGUACGGAUAUGAGUAAUGAAUUUUUAAAAGCACUAACCGACAACCAAAUUAUAAAUGAAGAGCAAAUUUCAAAACAAAAACUCAAUGAAAUUUAUUCUCCAUUGAAAAAAAAGGUUGAGGAAAGUAUUAGCAAGCAAGAAAAUUGUCUUCGAUGGAAUAAAGAAUUCUCAUCUGAAAAGGCUGGCAGUGUAAAAGCUGCAGAAAGAGAAAAAAUUUUAAAAUUAUUGGCGAAUGGUCAUGAUAAAUACUUAGAAAUUAAAUCUAAUUUGGAAGAAGGCACCAAAUUUUAUAACGAUUUAACUCCUCUACUUAUUCGUUUACAACAGAAAGUUUCUGAUUUUUGUUUCGCACGACAGACAGAAAAGGAAGAUCUCAUGAAGCAGUUGCAACAGAAUAUUGUUUCUGGAUCAACAAAUUCUACGGCUCCACCGCGGCCUCCGCCACCUAAAUCACAGCAAACUGCAACAAAUCCUUUUGACGUUGAGGCUCCAAUUCCAUCUCCUCGGAAUAUCUCCAACCUUCAAGGUGUAACUUUCAUGUAUUUUUAA